AUGCUAUUUUUACGCGCGGACACCGGACACCCGGCUGGGCCGGCUGCGGCACCGGAGCCGGGCGUCGGAGCCACACGUCCAUCCGCCGGUCGGUCGUCCGAGCUGCGCGCUAUGGAGCCGGGGUGCCCGCCGCCCUGCGGCUGCUGCGAGCGGCUGGUGCUCAACGUGGCCGGGUUGCGCUUCGAGACCCGCGCGCGCACGCUCGGUCGCUUCCCGGACACGCUGCUGGGGGACCCGGUGCGCCGCAGCCGCUUCUACGACGGCGCACGCCGCGAGUACUUCUUCGACCGACACCGGCCCAGCUUCGACGCGGUUCUCUACUACUAUCAGUCGGGCGGCCGGCUGAGACGGCCGGCGCACGUGCCGCUCGACGUCUUCCUGGAGGAGGUGUCCUUCUACGGGCUGGGCGCGGCGGCGCUGGCACGGCUGCGCGAGGACGAAGGCUGCGCGGUGCCACCCGAGCGGCCGCUGCCGCGCCACGCCUUUGCGCGCCAGCUCUGGCUGCUCUUUGAGUUCCCCGAGAGCUCGCAGGCUGCGCGAGUGCUCGCCGUGGUCUCUGUGCUCGUCAUCCUGGUCUCCAUCGUGGUCUUUUGCCUCGAGACGCUGCCAGACUUCCGAGACGACCGCGACGACCCGGGGCUCGCGCCGGUGGCGGCUGCUACUGGCCCGUUCCUCACUCGGCUGAACGGCUCCAGCCCCAUGCCAGGAGCUCCUUCCCGUCUGCCCUUCAGUGAUCCGUUUUUUGUGGUGGAGACCCUCUGUAUCUGCUGGUUCUCCUUUGAGCUGCUGGUGCGUCUGGUGGCCUGCCCAAGCAAAGCCAUAUUUUUCAAGAAUGUGAUGAACCUUAUCGACUUCGUGGCCAUCCUGCCUUACUUUGUGGCGCUGGGCACCGAGCUGGCCCGGCAGCGGGGUGUGGGUCAGCCAGCUAUGUCCCUGGCCAUCCUAAGGGUCAUCCGGUUGGUGCGUGUCUUCCGAAUCUUCAAGCUAUCCAGGCAUUCGAAGGGCCUACAGAUCUUGGGUCAGACGCUGCGGGCCUCCAUGCGUGAACUAGGUCUCCUCAUCUUCUUCCUCUUCAUUGGUGUGGUCCUCUUUUCCAGUGCAGUCUACUUUGCUGAAGUGGACCGGGUGGAUACCCAUUUCACAAGCAUCCCAGAAUCCUUCUGGUGGGCAGUGGUCACCAUGACCACAGUUGGCUAUGGAGACAUGGCACCCGUCACUGCGGGCGGCAAGAUUGUGGGCUCUCUGUGUGCCAUCGCCGGUGUGCUCACCAUCUCUCUGCCUGUACCCGUCAUUGUCUCCAACUUCAGCUACUUUUACCACCGGGAGACAGAGGGUGAAGAGGCAGGGAUGUACAGCCAUGUGGACACACAGCCCUGCGUCACACUGGAGGGCAAGGCUAAUGGGGGACUGGUGGACGCUGAGGUCCCUGAACUCCUACCACCACUCUGGCCUCCCACUGGGAAACACAUGGUGACCGAGGUGUGA